UAUCUGGAGAGAGGAGAGGGGUAACCUCCCUGUGUGCUCAAGCUGAGGAACAUGUUAUCCUUGAUCCUACUGAGCUUAGCGCUCUCUGCUGAUUUUCGAACCUCAGUUUCAUUCGCGGCAGACCCUUGUUCAGCCUACAUCAGCUUGAAUGAGCCUUGGCGGAACACAGAGCAUCACAUUAACACCUCGCAUGGGACGCCCAUGUGCGACAACUACAUGGACGGCGAAUGGUACCGCUUCACCGGGUUGGCAGGAGAUGCCAUGCCCACUUUCUGCAUCCAGGAGAACCUCUGCGGCACUCACGCACCCAUCUGGCUGAACGGCAGUCACCCCGUCCCAUCCGAUGGCAUUGUGUCGGUGCAGGCAUGUGCCAGCUUCAAUGACAACUGCUGCAUGUGGAGCACAGAAGUGAAUGUGAAGGCUUGUCCGGGGGGCUACUAUGUCUAUCGGCUGCCUAAGCCCAGUGUCUGCUUCCAUGUCUACUGCGGACAUUUCUAUGACAUAUGUGAUGUAGUGGAUUGUGUGGAGCACUGCGAUGGUGAAGAGGAGUGUCAGUGUACUGCAGGAACCAUCCUAGGCCCAGAUGCCCAGACAUGUCUAGAUGUCAAUGAAUGCGAGGUCAAUAAUGGGGGUUGCAGUGAGGUCUGCAUCAAUCUGCAGGGCUCUUUCCGUUGCGAGUGUGGCAUUGGAAGGUCACUGGGCAGCAAUGCUGUGACCUGUGAAGAUAAUGAAGGUUGUAACAACAAUAAGGGAGGCUGCAGCCACAGCUGUGUGUUAACUGACGGAGGGUAUCAGUGCGAGUGCCCUCGUGGAUUAAUGCUAUCAGAGGACAAUCACACCUGUCAAGUGCCUGUGCAGUGCAAGUCAGAGUCAAUUGAAGUGGCUGUACCUAAGGAUUUGGUAGGCGGCUUGGAAUUGUAUCUACUGAAUGCAUCAUGUAAAGCACUUUCCAAUGGGACUCACGCCAACAUCAACUUUAAUCUCAAAAGUUGCGGCACAAUCAUUGAGGUUGUGGCUGAUAAGAUAAUUGCAAGAAACACACUGACCGGUAUUCCUAAACAGACUCCAGGCAGUAAUGGGGAUGUAAUCAUCCGGACCAGUAAACUAGUGAUUCCCAUCACCUGUGAGUUCCCCCGCCAGUACACUGUGUCUGAGGGAUAUGUACCCAACCCUGCAAAUUCUCCACUGCAAAUCAUGGGCAAAAACCAUGGGCUCUUCCCCUUUGCUCUGGAGAUCUUUAAAUCCAAGGAUUUUGAUGAGAUUUACAAAGAGACACCUCCAGUUCUCAAACUCCGAGACUCGCUGUACUUUGGGAUCGAACCUCUCAUGCAUGUGGAUGGGCUUGAAGCAUUAGUUGAGAGCUGCUUUGCCACCCCCACAGCUAGUAGUGAUGAUAUCAUGAGGUACUACCUCAUCAAGGAUGGCUGUAUCAAUGAUGAUACCGUCAAACAAGAGACAUCCACAGACCAUCUAGCAAAACAUUUCUACGUUCCUGUCUUCAAGUUUGUGGGAAAAGACAAUAAGAAAGUGUUCCUGCACUGCCGAGUUCUGGUGUGUGGGGCCUUGGAUACUGCUUCGCGGUGCUCACAGGGCUGCCGCAGACGGAUGCGCAGAUCCAUCGAGAGGGAGGAUUCAGGUCACCUGAGGGAUCAUCUCCUCAGUGGAGGUCCAAUAGUGAUCGACACCGAAUAAUGGAACUUGGAGCAUCCGGAACAUUCUGUUUACUCCUUUGAAGAGCUUUUAAUUUGUGCAUUAUACAUAAACAGCAAAAAUGAAUCAUUGCUUUUUUGUAGUGAAACAUAUCCACUUUGUUGUCUGGUAUUAAUGAAAAAUAACUUUCUUGUAAUACGUUCAGGACACUAAAUGAAUAAAUAUCACACUGCAGCAUAAUGUUUAACAGUAAAUUUUGAAUACAAUGCCUCAGUGAUAGUCAAGUGUAAUUGCAUAACUUUAAUAAAGUCACCCCAGUAUGUUA